GGUGAGUUUGAGGACCUCGGCUCCUGGGACCUGAGAGCUAACGGUUCCUAGGACCCCAGCGAGCCUCAGAAUUGGCCAGGACAAUGCAUCCUCGGUUUACACCUAUUUCAAGAUGAAAUCGUUUCUCAUAAAGAGCACUCGUCUGGAACGCUCCAAAGUUGCCUGAUUUGUUAGCAACACCUGAGUGGCGCGUGGAUGAGCCGCAAAAGCCCAGAAGGCACAAGUCAGGAAAGCUGCGCCGCGCCUGCCUCGCUGCUCUCACCUGGGCCCGGGAGGCGCCGCGGCCCCUCACCUAAGGCACGUGGCCGGGGUCAGCAGGCUCGGUCGCAGCGCAGGGUGAGCCGCAGGGCCGCGCCACGACCAGCUGCGGCCCAAACCUUAGCUGAGCGGAGAAUUCAGCCCCUUUGUCUCCUCCGCCCCCUCUUCCCCACUUCCUGCCCAGCUUUAAACCCGGGAUCCGCGCUGCCGCGCGGACUUUGUAAACACGCCGCGCCUGCGGGGGUGGAGACUGCUUCUGUUUGGGCGCUUAGGGGAGGUGUGCACGCCCCUCUCGGUGGGGGCUGGAGGUGGCGACCCCGACCUUCCCAAAACCAGAAGCCAGCGGCGGUGGGAGAGAAAGUCUGCGGCCACAGUCGAUGCUCCGGGGGCUCACCUGCCAAGGAGGUGUGUGAGGAGCAGCGCUGUGAGGAGGAAGUCUUUCCCCUGGCCAUGAACUACCUGGAUCGCUACCUGUCCUGCGUCCCCACCCGCAAGGCGCAGUUGCAGCUCCUGGGUGCGGUCUGCAUGCUGCUGGCCUCCAAGCUGCGGGAGACUACGCCCCUGACCAUCGAAAAACUGUGCAUCUACACGGACCACUCUGUCUCUCCCCGCCAACUGCGGGACUGGGAGGUUCUGGUCCUCGGGAAGCUCAAGUGGGAUCUGGCUGCUGUGAUUGCCCAUGAUUUCCUGGCCCUGAUUCUGCACCGGCUCUCUUUGCCCCAUGACCGACAGGCCCUGGUCAAAAAGCAUGCCCAGACCUUUUUGGCCCUGUGUGCUACAGAUUACACCUUUGCCAUGUACCCGCCAUCCAUGAUUGCUACAGGCAGCAUCGGGGCUGCAGUGCAAGGCCUGGGUGCAUGCUCCACAUCUGGGGACGAGCUCACGGAGCUGCUGGCAGGGAUCACAGGCACUGAGGUGGACUGCCUGCGGGCCUGUCAGGAGCAGAUUGAAGCUGCGCUCAGGGAGAGCCUCAGGGAAGCCGCCCAGACCUCCCCCAGCCCAGGGCCCAAAGCCCCCAGGGGCUCCAGCAGCCAGGGGCCCAGCCAGACCAGCACUCCCACAGAUGUCACAGCCAUCCACCUGUAGCCCCGGAGAGGCCCCCUCGCGUGGCCACUGACAGCAGAGGAGGGGACACUGCCACCCCUUUCCCUGCCUGCAGAAAUGAACCGCGCCACAUCUGAAGCCAGAGGGGGCUCCUUCCUAUCCACCCCUCGAAAGGCCAGAGGGGUCAGGUCCUACCUGUCCCUUCAGUGUGCACUAAGGGGCCUGGCCAGCCAGGUUUGAGUGGCUAGUCAGGCUUCUCUUUCUUCCUGCAUCUGACCAGCUCGGCUCCUCCCAGUUCUAACUGGGUGUAGGCCAGGCUGGUCAGGACUGAAAUUCAAGUAGGUAAAAUAUAUGUGCCAGCAUUCCUUUUUGAGGCUCCCCGCCAUAUCUGGGGCUCUCAUGUUCUCAACUGCCAAAAUGCCCCAGUGCCUUGUAAAGGUGUUGCACCUUCUAGAAUUACUGCAUUUGGAUUGGGGUCUUUCUGAGGACAGUUCAGAUGUUCUGACACGUGUGAGGGGAAAUAGUCUGGACAGCACCUCUCAGCACACUUUGGAAGCCCCUGCAUAAUCUGUGCUCACAGUUACUCCUAGAGGGAGGGGCCCAGGCCUCUGUCAGAGGGGCGAGAACCAACCAAUUCCUUGCUUUGCUUUCCGCUCAGCUUCUCCUGUGUGAUUGAGGGGGGUUAGUGCUGAAGGAAGAGGUUGUUUUAAUUUAUUAAUUGCUUUGAAUACAACUGUAAGAGGGUGUGGUGGGGCCCAUCUACCCCACAAGAGGUGGUAACCCUGGAGGUUGCUGCAUCCCUUCCCUCUGCUACUGGUUAGAGGAUCUUUGUGGCCAAGGAGCUGCUACAGCCUGGGGUGGGGCCAUGCCCUCCUCUCCCUUUGGCCAUCUGCCCCAUCAUCCAGUGGGGGAUGAAGCAGGGAUGACCUGGAGGUGCCCAAGCCGCCUGUCUGGAGAGGGAGGCAACAAGCCCUGUUAACACAGGCCUUUCCUAAGGCCACAAGGUCCAGGCUGGUGGCCCAGGACCAUCAUGCUACUUUAAUAAAGAUUCUGGAAUAAAA